UUCAUUUAAUUCAAUACCAAAAUACUUAAUCGAUUUUUUUUUUGCUUGAACUCCGGUAUAAAAAAGUGCUACCAAUAAAGAUAAUAAGUGGAUCAAAUUAGUAAUUAAUUUUAAAAAAAUUCAUUGAAAAUGAGAAUUUUAAUUUGUUUUAUGGCAUUAAUUGCCUUUUCAUCUGCCACAUUCUUAAAGAAAGGUCUACUUUUGGCUGGUUUGGGAGGAGGAUUAGGUGGUAUUGGUGGUGGACUAGGGGGUGGAUUAGGCGGUUUAGGUGGACUUAAAGGUGGUUUAGGAGGAGGAUACGGUGGAGGUUACGGUGGUGGAUAUGGUGGAGGUUACGGUAGUGGAUAUGGUGGAGGUUACGGUAAUGGUGGAGGAUGGCAACAGGGAUAUGUCGGUAAUGGGGGAUGGCGACAAGGUGGUGUAUAUCAAGGUCAAUCUUAUUCACAAGGGUAUGGCAGUGGAUAUGGAAGUGGAUAUGGUUAUGGUGGCGGAGAAACAAUUAAAGUAAUCGUUGUUCCAGCACCUGCACCCCAACCAUCAUAUGUACAAAGUGCACCAAUACAACAACCGACUUACAUUCAAAGUGCACCAGCACCACAACCGACUUAUAUACAACCAGCACCUCAACCAACUUAUGUACAACCAGCACCAGUACAAAGAGUUAUACAACCAGCACCAAUUCCUGUACCAAUACAACCUCAACAAAUUCCCAUUCCUGUUCAACAACAUAUUGAAGUAAGUAGACCUACAAUAAGCACUUUACCAGCCGUAACAACAUCAAUUCAAUCAACACCAUCAAUUGAACAAAUACCAGUUUAUAAUCCAACCCCAGCUAUAAGAACAGAAACUGUUUAUGAAAAUGAACCUAGUGUUGGAUCUGUUAUAGGUGCUACUCCAUCAGUUAGCACUAGCUGGGCACCAAGUUAUAGUACUGGAGUACAAGACUGUAAUACAGGUAGUAAUAUUGGAUACACAACAGUAGGUGGUGGUUAUACAACAGGUACAAGAUAUGCUACUGGUGGUUAUGCAACUGGCGGAGGAUAUACCGGAGGAUACACAAGUGGGAGUUGGGCUCCAUCUCAGCAAUAUGGUACACCGAUAGUAACAGGUAGUAGCGGUUGGACAAACCGUCAACAAAUUUAUUAUCAAACUCCAGCUGUUGCUAAUAAUGGAGCUGUAGUUUCAACAUCAGGUUGGAGAGCACCUGCAACAACAUACGGUGCACCAGGCGCUGGAUAUGCUGGAGGCUAUGGUUACAGCAGUGGUAAUCCAUUAGGACAAUUAUUAGCAUGGAAAAAAAGUUUAUUUUAAGUAAAAAUUUUAUCACUGCCCUCUAGUCUUUUAGAAAUUGUUGAAAAUUUCACGUUUUUUUUUU